UUGAUAAAUACCAACUACGAUGUUAAAAAAUCUUUAAAAUUUAAAUCGCACUAUUAGUAUCAAACCGCUUAUUAAUAAGAAAAAUACGAGGAUAAUAUAGAUAUGUGAGGACGUGUCGUGUGGUCUUUAGCAGAUUAAAAACACAGUGAAAACUAUCGCAGCUGACAAGCAGACCGCAGCUCUUUAUUAAGUAUCCCACGAAUAAUCGAUUAUUGAGGCGAAUAUAUUGAGAAUUAUAGAAUACCUGUGCUCUACGGGCAUAAUGUAAAUCUUUACACUUUGACGAGAUUGGAUGCUCCAAAUAAUAAAUAUCUCUAUCAUGUAGUGGUGGAUAUCGUAGACCGUAACUCAGUCGGUAAGCCGCAAACUUCUACAAAAUACCAUAAUCUUUGAGGGCGCCGCCACUUCCGUAACCACACAAAAUAGCAUCGCCGACGAGGAGACCCUUGUCGAUAUUAAUAGGUGACGGUGCCCGCAAUCAUGGAAGGGCCCGAUACAAUCACGUGGGAGGAGUUCGUGGCCAAUGCCGAGGAACUUGUGAGUGUGUCGGACCGCUUGGCGGACCACUGGCUCUUCCUCGGGGACAAGAAAAUACCUGGCCAAGCAUAUUUGUUACAUCAAGAGAAGAUGCUUGUCCCUAUUGAUUAUCUGACAAAUGAUGACUCAUCAUCGGACGUCGAAGACAUAGUCGAUUCCAAGGCUGAUGAAUGGAGUACAAAGUUUGACAUAUGUAUGGAUCCAUUCGAGGCUCCGUGCGCCAAAGAAAGACCAUUGGUCACAGAGCAUCAUGUAUUGUGGUCGAUGAGUUAUGCCGUCCCGGUGAUUUAUUUCAAUGGCUGGAAAUCCGAUUAUCCAGGCGUGAAUCCAGUAAGUGUUGAGAUUGUCCAGAGGCUACUGGCGAAUAACCGGCUGGCCUACACCGAGUUGUCGCAGGCGAUGCAUCCAUUGCUGGGUAGACCUUACCUGCAUCUUCAUCCUUGCGGCUCGCGACAUCUUCUUCGAAGCAUGAGCAGAAGUACUAACAAACUCGUAAGCUGGCUGAGCGCUGUGGCUCCAGUGGCACUGAAUCUUCGACUACAUCCCGACUACUUCCGGUUGACUAGUGGUGGUGAAAGUGGCAGUGGACCUCGCGAAGAUUGAGCUAUACAAAGUUUCCGUUUUGCUGGUUCAUAUGCUAAAAAGCUCGAAAUUUGGGUCACAAUUUCCGAUACAGAGUCUAGUUAAAGUUAAUAUAAAUUCAAUGAGCAACUGCGCACAU